CGGGAUUUGACAGGAGCAAUUAAAAUACUACAAUCCAAGUGGAAAAACCUCAAAGACACCUAUAGGAGGUUAUCAAAAGAGUACAAAGAAGAGGGGAGGAGUGGAUCUGGCCAGAGAAAGAGCAAGCCACCAUGGAAGCAUUUCGGGGUCCUGGCUUUCCUGAAAGACAUGUACACCUGCCCCAUGUUCCUCGGGGAACAUGGGGCAGGGUAUUGAGGCAGCGGCAGCAACAGACAGAGAUGACAGUGACAUAGCAGAGCUGUCUGAGAGCGAGGAUGUUGUCGGUGCUGCUUCUGCUGCCGAUGCCUCAUUUUACAGCUCGUCUCCAACCCCAAGUGGGGCACAGAGAAGAGAACUCCUGCCUCUGCUGGUGCCCUGUGUACCAUGCCCCCCCCUCCAUACCCUUCCACUCACAAGCAUGAUGAAAACCAGUAGCCUUUUCUCUGGCUCUCUCUCCCUGGCACAUGGAGAAAUGCCCCCGACCACAUGUCCACCCUCAAGCAUGGCCGACAGUUGGAGCCAGUCCGCUGGCUCUCUCUCUGGUGCCUCUUAUCAGGACCUUUACCCGCCUCUCCCCACCCCUCCACCCUCAAGCGAGAUGGAUAGCUACAGUGACUGCAGUGGGCGAAGCACCCCUAGUCCCGCAAUGAGACCCCUCACACCCAAUCCUCCUGGGGGAAAGACACUGCAGAAGCAGAAGCAAAAGCAAAAACAUACCGAGGAAAGUCUACCAAUAGACAGACCACUCUACCCUCCUGGUAGGAAGAAGAAAAAGGUGCCCACUGAAGCUGCAGAUGGGAUGAUUCAGCAGCUACUGAUGGAACUGCUGAAGAAGCAGGCUAGUGCUGCGCCGUCUCCACCUCCAAAGCCACCAUCAGAGAUUCAGAUCUUCCUGCAAUCCCUUGAACCUCUCCUGCACAAAACAGCUCCCUACAUCACCACCAACAUCAUGUUAAUGUAUGAACUCUCAAAUUAUGACCUGUUACCUAUUAACACAUUAUGA